AUGGGAUUACAGGGAAUGUCCACUCGUGGAUUAGAAAUUGUCUUAAAGACAGAAAGCAAAAAGUAUCGGGGAUUCAUUCUUGUGCUGACAUUUCUGUUUUAUACCAGUUACCAUCUUUCUCGUAAACCCAUCAGCAUUGUGAAGAGUGAGCUACAUCUCAACUGUUCUGCAUUGGGAAGGAAUCCCACCAAUGGCUCAAACAGCACCACAUGGUGUGAUUGGGCACCAUUCGAUAAGGACAACUAUAAGGAACUCUUUGGAGCCUUGGAUAAUGCUUUCCUAGUUGCGUAUGCAAUAGGGAUGUUUAUCAGCGGCAUUUUUGGUGAGCGCCUCCCACUGCGGUAUUACCUAUCAGGCGGAAUGGUGCUGAGCGGAAUAUUCACGUCCUUAUUUGGCCUUGGCUACUUCUGGAAUAUCCAUUUGCUCUGGUAUUUCAUCCUCAUCCAGAUCUGCAAUGGCUUGGUGCAGACAACCGGUUGGCCAUCUGUGGUAACGUGCGUCGGGAACUGGUGUGGAAAGGGGAAGAGAGGUCUGAUCAUGGGCAUCUGGAAUUCUCAUACAUCUGUGGGGAAUAUCCUGGGGUCCUUGAUUGCUGGAGUGUGGGUCGCGUCAGACUGGGGCCUAUCGUUCAUUGUACCCGGAAUCAUCAUAACAGCCAUGGGAGUCAUCUGCUUCUUCUUCCUCAUUGAAUAUCCUGAAGAUGUUGAUUGCAGUCCUCCUCUUCACCAUGUGGAAUCAGAGGAGAAAGACCCUGCAGGGAUGUUUGCUGCUGAUGGGAAUCAUGCUGCCUCCAGCCAUACUCAAGAGAGCACAGUGGAGUCCGCGGAGAGUCCCAAAGAACGAGCUGAACAUCCUGAAGCUAUCAGCUUCCUUGGAGCCCUCAGGAUCCCUGGCGUGGUAGAGUUCUCACUCUGCCUGUUGUUUGCAAAGCUGGUCAGCUACACUUUCCUGUACUGGCUGCCUCUCUACAUUGUGAAUGUUGCUCACUUUGGUGCCAAGGAGGCUGGGGACUUGUCGACACUCUUUGAUGCUGGUGGCAUUCUAGGGGGCAUCCUGUCUGGUCUCAUUUCUGACUACACUGGCGGCAGGGCCACCACGUGCUGUGUGAUGCUGAUACUAGCUGCUCCUAUGCUGUUCCUGUACAAUCAUGUUGGCCAGAAUGGACUUGGCACUUCUGUAGGUAUGCUAAUUGUAUGUGGUGUCCUGGUUAAUGGUCCUUAUGCUCUCAUUACAACAGCAGUUUCAGCAGACUUGGGAACUCAUGAGUGUCUCAAAGGAAAUGCGAAAGCCUUGUCCACUGUCACAGCCAUCAUUGAUGGAACUGGAUCUAUAGGUGCUGCUCUGGGCCCCCUGCUUGCAGGAUUAAUCUCUCGUACAAGCUGGAACAAUGUCUUCUACAUGUUAAUAACAGCUGAUCUCUUGGCUUGCCUGCUCCUUUCUCGGGUCGUAGUCAAAGAGAUACAAGGAUGGUGUGGCUAUUCUACAAGAAAGAGAGGAUUUAAAGAAUUUUGAUGGAGCUUCCCCAUGACUAGCGGAGACAGAGGAAGAUUGAGUGGAGUAUCUUGGAAGGCUCGUCUGUGGCUCAACUCAAAGUGGAAGCCAAACAAACUGGGAAGAGUAAUAGGCCCUCAAAUGAAACCACACUGGACUUUUAAUACUUAGCAGUAAUUUUAUUCAGGGAUGGGGUAUGCUUGAAAAUUGAAGACUGAAGGGAAAAGUGUAUUCUGGGCCACCUUUAGGAAUAAUUUUGGGCUCUGUCUCUCAACAGCUGUUCCUGCUGCCCUUUUCAUUACCAUACAUUUUUAUUAUUAAAAUGGUGCCUAAAAUAUGUGAUGCUGUGG